UUGGUGCUUGUCGCGUUGCGCUGGCAACUUGGAAGCGAGAAGCUGCGAUUGAGACGUGUCAUGGCGGCCGCCGAGGAAGGGGACGCGACUGGGGAAGCUGCGGUGGUGGAGCGCGGGCCGGGGGCGCUUUAUCACAUGUUUGUCAUGAUGGAGGAUCUGCUGGAGAAGUUGAAGCUACUGAAUUACGAGGAAGAGGCAGCGUUGCGGAGCCACAAUAUGAGACCGCCUUCCCGGCAUUAUUUUGCAUUGCCUAUUAACCCAGGUGAACAGUUCUACAUGUUUUGUACCCUUGCUGCUUGGCUGAUUAAUAAGGCAGGGCAUCCUUUUGAACAACCACAGGAAUAUGAUGACCCAAAUGCGACAAUAUCUAGCAUACUUGCAGAGCUGCGGUCCUUUGGAAGAACUGUUGAUUUCCCUCCCUCAAAGUUAAAGGCCGGUUAUGGAGAACAAGCAUGCUAUGUUCUUGAUUGUUUGGCAGAAGAAGCUUUGAAAUACACAUCAUUUAGCUGGAAAAGGCCUACAUAUCCUACUGAGGAGCUAGAAGAAGAAGCAAUAACAGAAGAUGAUGCUGAAUUAACUCUUAAUAAAGUAGAAGAAAUAAUUGCGGAAGAAGAGACAGACAAUGAGGAAAAUUAUAUUGAUCUGAAUGUUUUAAAAGCACAAACUUACAAAUCAGACACGCUUGAGUCUAAACAGGAAGAGAUUUUAGAAUCUAAAGUAGAUGCAGCUGAAUGGAACCUUGAAGUGGAACGUGUUCUUCCUCAGUUGAAAGUCACAAUCAGAACAGAUAAUAAGGAUUGGCGAAUCCACGUGGAUCAAAUGCAUCAACACCAAGAUGGAAUUGAAUCAGCUUUAAAAGAUACCCGCUGCUAUCUUGACAAGCUUCAUAAUGAAAUCAGCAGAACUUUGGAAAAGGUUAGCAGUAGAGAAAAGUAUAUUAACAAUCAGCUGGAACAUUUGGUUCAAGAAUAUCGUUCUGCACAGGCACUUUUGAGUGAGGCCAAAGAGAAAUAUCAACAAGGAAGUGGUGGUGUGACAGAGAGGACAAGAAUUCUAUCUGAGAUUACUGAAGAAUUAGAGAAAGUAAAACAAGAAAUGGAAGAAAAAGGAAGCAGUAUGACUGAUGGAGCUCCAUUAGUAAAGAUAAAACAGGCUUUAACUAAACUGAAGCAAGAAACCGUUCAGAUGGACAUACGAAUUGGUGUAGUGGAACACACGUUACUUCAAUCAAAGUUGAAAGAAAAAUCAAAUAUGACAAGAGACAUGCAUGCUACCAUAAUUCCAGAUUCUUCGAUUGUUGAAGAUCAAUUGUCCUGUGGCUAAACAAACACACACAAAUGUUCCAGCUGACUGGUCAGUGUGGCAUGGGAGAAGUAGAAAGAUGCUCUGUUGAUCUGGGUGCAAAUUCCAUCCCAACUGACAGGUUGUUUUGAUUUGUUUUGUUUGGGUAAAAUUGCUGGUCCUAUGAGAGGGAAAACCCAUCUGGCUGGAUGGUGGGGUGUAAGAAGGUUGCACGAUGAAGCAGGAGGGAGCACCUGGAGUCCCCAACCAUGCCUCAUGAAUGGAGAGUGAUUGGUGAUUGUUUUUCCUGCCAACUGGUGACACUGGCUGGAAGGGGAAAAGAAGCUGAAGAAUCCACCAAUUAGUGCCCUGAAGCUGUCCUUCAUUAAAUCUGUAGGGAUACAAUUCCUGAUCUGAUUGAUUAAAUCAGCUGUGGUGGCAGUGAAAAUUACAUUGACAUACUUUUCUGUUGACUCAAGAUUGGGGGGAAUGCCCAUUUACACAACCAUGAGGAGGUGCAUGUUCCACUUAUUGGAACAAGCAGCAAUUAGUAUAAACUCAGCUAUGACUAUGUCUGAGUUGCUUCCUACCACCUCCCCACCGCAUUCCUCUUGCUUAGAUGUAUUUCAACACCACAGCAUAUCUGUACAUUAAUUUCUCUUUCCUUUGAGUAAUGUGAAACUUCCCCUAGUUACACAUUUUCUGUAGGUAUAGGGAAGUUGUCAUUCUGGGCGUGGAACAGAGCUAUCAUUCUAAGUUUUUUGUUUUGUUUUUUAUUAGCCUCUCCAAGUCAGCUAUCUGGGCCUCAAUGAAGUAUAUUUGUUCUCUGAGACUCAAGGGUUUAGUACGAUGCAGGUCUAUAAGAGCAAAUCCUGAAACAUGGACAUAGGAAAAAAAAUGAAAAACUAGAGUGGAAGUAGGACAACUGCAGAAAAAGAAAGUAUUGGUCCUGUAUGUAAAAGUAUUAAGAUAAUUAAUCUCCCAACAGAAUGAAUUGAAACUGGAUGUAAGGAAAGAAGGAUGUGGAAGCUACUUGGAACAGAAUGAAAAGUGUGGAGUUAUUCACACAGGAAGCAUGAAAAGGUCUUCUGGUGAAUGAUAAGUGAAAGAGGCAAUGGAUGAGGAAAAUGUGAGAUGAUGGUUGCUGUAAAACAUUCGGAUGAGAAAAAUAGAUGUGUUUAGAGAGAAAAAGAGAGAGGGGAGAUGAACAGAGCUCAACAAGGAGACUCCGGCAGAGGAACUGCAAUAAAAAUAAAAACGAAAUGAUUUGGGAUGAACUGAAAUGUGCGAAUAUUUCAAGUAUUUUAGAAAUUUCUGUAGGAAUGAUAAUGUUAUGUUAAAUAGUGGAAUUGAAAUGUUGUAAAUGUUAAUAUCCAAGGAAAAAGGGAUGAAAAGGAAGUCAUAAAUGCUGUGAGAAUGUUGAAAAAUAAUAAGGAAGCAGAUACAUAUGAUAUAACUGGGGAAAGAUUAAAAUGUGGUUGUUUGCUUAUAAUCUGGAUAUGUAAGUAUUUUACCAUGUGUAUGAAAAUUGUAACUAUGUAUGAUAAUUGGAAGAAUGCCUUUAUUCUUCCCAUAUAUAGAGGGAAAGGAGGCACGAGUGAAUACAAAAACUAAUGCAGUAUUAGCUUAUUAACUGUCCUCAAGAACGUUUGGCAGAAUUAUGAUUAAAAGGAUAUGAGAGAUGACUGUGAGUGAAGUGUGAGUAGUGCUGUGCAAUUUUAUUGCAGGCACAGAAUAUGCAGAGCAAUUUUUUUUCCUUCACAAUUAAUUUUAAAAUAUAUGAAAAGCUUAUUAUAUGUGUAAUAAACUUUGUAUGAAAAAUUUGUGUGAUACAAUAAAUAAACUUGAAUUAU